UUCCGCCACGGAAAGACACGUUCUCGUGUAGCAAGCGGGUUAGCCGAAAAUCGUCGAAUAUUAAGUGAUUUGCAUUCUAUUCGUCACUAAAUAAUCUGGUUAAGAUGGCUGGUACCCUUUACACCUAUCCGGAAAAUUUUCGUGCAUACAAAGUCCUAAUAGCGGCUCAAUAUUCUGGUGAGUCCGUGAAGGUUGCUUCGGACUUUGUGUUUGGAGAGACCAAUCGCAGUGAAGCUUUCCUAUCAAAGUUUCCCUUUGGAAAGGUGCCGGCGUUCGAAACUAAAGACGGCAAAUACUUAACCGAAAGCAAUGCCAUCGCUUAUUUCGUCGCUAACGAGCAGCUUCGAGGAACGAACGAUUUUUAUCGUGCUGAAGUUCAGUCGUUUUUAAGCUUUGCCGACAACGAGUUGCUUCCUGCCGUUCAGUCAUGGACCUUCCCAAUCAUUGGCAUUGUGCCGUACAACAAGAACAAUGUUGAACGAGCAAAAGAGGAACUUCGUCGUACAUUGACGGUGCUUAACAAUAGAUUGCUGAAGCAAACCUUCCUGGUUGGCGAACGGAUUACGCUUGCCGAUAUUGUGGUUUUUGCCACGUUGCUGCAUGCUUACGAGUUCGUGCUGGAUCCUUCGUUCCGUGCACCUUUCGGAUCCGUUACACGAUGGUUCACGACAGUUAUGAAUCAACCACAGGUUAAAGCCGUUGUCAAAACGCCAACCCUAUGCGCGAAGGCAGCGCAAGCUGAUCCGAAGAAGUACGCGGAGUUCCAGGCCAAAGUAAGCGGCACUCCUGCAAGCGUUGAUAAGAAAAAGGAAAAGAAGGAAAAGAAACCGGCGGCUGAAGAAAAGGAAAACGUGGCUGAGCAACCGGAUGCCGCCGAUGAGCUGAUUGCUGCAGAACCCAAGCAAAACGAUCCGUUUGAGACCCUCCCAAAGGGCACGUUUAACUUUGAUGAUUUCAAGCGUUUCUAUUCCAAUGAGGAUGAAGCUAAAUCGAUUCCUUACUUCUGGACGAAGUUCGACCCUGCCAACUACUCGAUUUGGUAUGGUGAAUACAAAUAUCCGGAAGAGCUGACUAAGGUGUUCAUGAGCUGUAACUUGAUCACGGGAAUGUUCCAACGUUUGGAUAAAAUGCGCAAGCAGAGCUUUGCCUCGGUUUGUCUUUUUGGUGAGGACAAUAACAGUACAAUUUCUGGCGUAUGGGUUUGGCGUGGUCAAGAUCUAGCGUUCAAGCUGUCGCCAGAUUGGCAAGUAGACUAUGAAGUGUACGAUUGGAAAAAGCUCGAUGCUAACUCGGAGGAAACCAAGAAAUUGGUAGCACAAUACUUUUCGUGGAGUGGCGCCGACAAGAAUGGUCGCAAGUUCAAUCAGGGCAAAAUUUUCAAAUAAUACUAUUGUCAUCUUGCAGCAGCAGCAACAGUCUUGUGUUAAAAUUAUUACAUUCGUCCUAUUCGUUCUUUUAAUAACAAUGAUGGUAGAUCAUGUUGCUUAUUACAUGCAACAUGAAAAAAGUUGUGUCAAUAAAUGCUCUACCCAUUUUCCUGAUCAAGUA